AUGGCAAAUAAGAACGAUAAUAAAGACAUUUAUUAUGAAAGAUUAGCAAGACAAAAGCAAUAUUUUUCACAAAAUUUUGGCUGUUCAACGUCACCAAGCUUUUAUUAUAUUCAUUUUCAUGAUGGACAUUCACAUUGGAUGAAAUAUCAAUGGGGUUGGAAUUUAAGUUAUUUGAAUUUAGAUGAUGGAGAUCCAACACCAUGUGGUAAAUGUGUUUUUGGUUUUACGGCUCUUUGCGAAAGAUGCUAUAGGGAAAACAGAGAUAAAAUACAAGUCUUAUGUCAACAAUUCGAUAAAGAAAUAAAAGAAAAUCAUCAAGAAACAAUUCAAGAUAUUAUUCAAGAUGGAAGAAAAAUAAAAAUUACGUAUUUCAAAUAG